AUGAAAGAGACCUCUUCUAAUCGAUCUAUUUUUGAUGAUAUUCUACUAAGAAAUAUCCAUAAUUCUGGGUUUCAGACAAUAAAUAGUACAUAUACACCCGACCUCAGUCCUGAAAAUUUGUGAAAAUAAUAAGAACCGGAAGAACGAUAAUAAAUUCAUUCGUAAUUUUGUCGAGGUAGACCAAGUUUCAUCUCCAAUAUUCUGUCCUUCGCUGCCAAGGCAAGCGAGAAGCAGAGAGAGUCCUAAUAACAAAAGUAGGAACCGACCAUCUGAGUUUACUAAAUAUUUGUCCAUGAUUAAUGAUAAAGAGUCUCGGCAGGAUAGGUUUUAUCCAAUCAAAGUUUCCAGGAAGCCCAGAGAUAUCCAAAACAGGAUCACUAAAAACCCUCGAAACAUUGCACCCCUUGAAAAUGUAUCGAAGCUAAGCAAAUAUAAUAAAUUAACACAAAAUUUGGAAGAUAAGAACAAGAGCAUUUGGUACAAGACCCAGUAUAAUUCCAAAUUCAACUGAACUACAACCAAUAAAGAUUCAAACUGGAUUAAGAAGAUCAUUAAGGCUAAAAGUAUUGACGAAAUCAGAGAAUCUAGCUCCUUCGUAGGCCCAAUAAUCUCCAAGAAGAACCCUUUUUACAAAAGAAAACAUCGAAUUAAGGGUAAAUAUAAAGCUCCUCUAAGCCGCACGAAGGGCUUCAAAAAGGCAUAUACUGAGAAAGAGUUAUUCGAAAUCACUGGGAAGAACUUAGGCUAUGAUCUUGCCCCACCUCCUCAAAUUCAGAAAGACUUUGACAUGGCACAACUGAAGGUUAAAUAGCUCUUUAAGCUGCCCUAAAAAGAAGAAAGAGACUAUAAAAACUGUUAUAAACAUCCCGAAGUUCUAUAAAAAGAAAAAUAUGGAAUUCUGAAUGGAUAACUUCAAGAAUUUGGUCAAUGUCAAGAUUGCCAAAACCAACUUUCUCGAUAAGCUCAAGAGUAAAUAAAAUAAAAGACUUCCUCCAAAAAUCUCAGAAGUUAUCCAUGAUUUUUGAGGAAGUGUCACGCAAGAGCAAAGAGGAUAAAGCUAAGGAAGGGAGUGCCAAACAAAACUCUGAAAUGCAUCCUAAUCUUGCGAUUUCAGCUGACUCAUCAGGGUUUAACUUUACUAAAGAGAAACACCAGAAUGCUGAAAAUUUAAAGAUCAAUAUCCAAGAUGAUAACACAAAAGCCCCUAAAGCACAUGAGCUUAACAAAGAUUUAGAAAUCAUGAGAGCCUCACCCAAAGACGCUACUAUUGAGGGGGGCAGAGAGAACAAAUUCUAUAUGAACUACCAAGGAAUCCAGCCUUUCAUUGUGAUGAUUAACCACUCGCCUCUAGGCACUCAUGAUGGCAAGCCCAUUGAUGUACGAGAGAAAAGUAAUAUGAACCCAAAGAUCAAAAGCCGAUGAAAAUGAGUAGAUCCAGACAUGUGUAUCUGUAAAAUGAAGCAAAAAUAGAGCAUUAGAUAAUGUCCCUAAAUCUAAAGAGCACAGGAAAGUGCUUGCACUCAAAAAGCCUGAAUUAACAGUGCCUCAGUGAGAAUGUCCAAGAAUCUCUACCCCACAUUCAUUAAAAGGGAAGAAGCUGAAUAGAGAUAAAGUAAUGAACAUGAGGAAUUCUCAUCAGAAGAUGAACUCCUUUACUUCCCAAAAUAGUUAUCGAAAGCGUAAUUAUCCUUUGUAACCCAUAGCAAAAGGAGUGAGUUUCCAAGAUCUGUUCCCAGUCCAGUUCUCUUCAGAGAAGGAUGCAGAUUUCAAGAAAAUCAAGGAAAGAACAGAGAAGUUAUUGUUGCCAACAGAACUUAACUUAUAGAAACUUUCGAACAUAUUUUCAAU